AUGAAGCUCGAUAUCCUGCAGCAGUAUGCGAUGCCUGGGAACAUCCCAUGGACUAGUCGCAAGGUCAGAAUCAUUGCAGUUCUGUGCGGGAUCCUAUGCCUUCGUUUCUUUCUUGGAGCUCUCGACGUCAAACCUCUCUCGUCCCGGUUGCCUCAUGCGCUCCGGCAGCAGACCUAUCUCGACCAGGAAGGCUUUCAGUCGAUACCUAUAACCGGCUUCGUCAACACCGGAGACCUUGCAAGCCGCACAUGCGAAGACUUAAGACACGAAGGCGAGUUGCGGGUGCACAAGAGCUUGUACCUCGAGGAUGACCUGGAGCACAUUGCACGAUCAUUGGCAGGCCAUCCGAUGAUCGACUAUUCCCAGCAGGAGAAAGGGCUGACAUUUCGACAAAUGGUGGCCAAGACCUGGGCAAGGCUGUCCGGGUCAAGUGUGUGGAUCGAGAAGUUCAAGGUCUACCUGACCGUCACCAGAGUCAUCUUCUACGACAACGGCCUCCGACACAAACCCGUCAUCAGUUUCCUGGCGGGCCAACUCCAUGACGAAAACUGGAACGAGCUGAAGAAUUACACCAUCCAGUGGCAGAGCGAAGAGAUCAAAUUCCCCACGGUGUUCAACAUCCCCGCCCCAUUCAAGAAAGGCGACCGCUACUUUGGGCCUGAAGAUCCCCGAGUAAUUCUCGAAGAGGGAGUUGACGACGCGGAGCCCAUUGUUACCUUCAACAUGCAAUUCGACCUAAUCACUGGAGACCGGGCGAUGUAUAUCUUCCGGCCCUUUUCCAAUGAUACGACCGUCUUGACCAUCACGGGCCAGACGCAGAGGGCACAUGCAGAAAAGAACUGGGCACCUUUCUUCAUCAACGAGCACGAGCCCAUCUCGCCAGGCCACUACAAGUGGCCCAGCCACUAUAUCCACUUCAUCUACGAUUUCAACCCGCUGAGGGUGCUCAAAUGCCACACCCUCAACGGGUGGUGUCAUUUUGUGUACGAGCAAAAAGUUCCCGACGAGCUGAGAGGCUCUGGCCUGAGCGCGAACGGGCGGAUGACGGGCGGGACCAACUUGGUGCCGUUGCAACUGGAAGCACAUUCUGACCUCAACGCAUGGGUCGGUUUCCCCCGAUCCCACAUCAAUAUCGGGUGCACCGACGACUUGGCCAUGUACCGGCCAGAGAUGAUGAUCAUGACGGCACACGGCGAUCACUUCUACCUCAGCUUCAUGUCGGGGCCUAUCGAUUUCGGCACGGCGGCCAUGACGCCCGAAGCCAUCAACGACCCGUGCGGUGAGGGCAAGGUCGUGAUAGCCAACAGCAUCGCCAAAUGGGACCGGCGGCCAAGCCACGACGUUCUGACGCUGACAUUUUCAGUGGCCGACUCGACCGUGCAGAUCAUGCAGCUCGCGAGCCUCUCCAAGUUCGUGAGCCAGCUGCCCCGCGUCGCCCAUCUGGAUGGUGCCUUCCUGGCCGACAUGUCCAGCCGGAACAAGACCGAGUGGGAUCUGCGGUACACGGCCGUGAGCAAAGAUGUCCUGGACUGUACUAUGGAGGUCGCGUCGUACUACUCUGAAAUCAUAGCAGCUCCAUACAAGGGCCUGUCCAAGGAAGAGCUCACGUACGCGAAUGGAAAGUGGGACUGGAAGGCCGGAGCUGUCCUAUGA